AUGCGCGGCCACCAUCCUCGCUACCGCCCCGGCGGCCGCGGUCAACCACCGCAACGACACCCACCACCUCAAGAACUACCACCAGAGCUUCUUCCUUUCAAUCCCAAUUUUGUCCCUCUCCAAGACCCAAAUUUUUUCCUCCAUAACUUCACUAAUGCUUUACUCCAACAAAGCUUCCCCAUGCAAAACCCUAACUUUUUUCUCCCUCCACAGCAACAAGAAUUCCCUUUUCAACAACAACUACAGUUUCGUGAACAACAGCACCAAGAGCCGCCUCCCCCAGGAGCACCACCACCUCCACAAGAACAACAAAAGCAGCAACAAGAGCCACCAACACUACAACAAAACCUGCCUAAAUUUCCACAAAACCCCAAAAAGAAGGUGAAACAAGACAAUAAAGAGCUACAAUUAGAGAGAGCUGAUAGAGCAGUAGAGAAAGCGCGGCAAGAUCUUUUCGAAGCAGAAGAGAAUGUUUCUUCAUGGAAAGUCUCGCAGUCUGUGUUAGUGAAUUUGCAAGCUGAGUCAUGGGACUCUUUAGGGUUUAGAAUGCAGGAGGUUCCUGCUCUUUUUCGGCUUAUGGUCACUGAAGGCAAGAUAAAUGCAUUUAUACAUUGCUUUGUUGGGGUACGGAGAAUUACAUCAAUUUAUGAUUUGGAAGUGGCAAUAUGCAAGAACGAGGGUGUUGAAAACUUUGAAGAGCUGGGAUUGGGGCCGUUGAUGAGACAUCCGCUGGUGUUGCAUUACUUUUCGAUGAAACCCGAUGCUAGUACAGAAGUUUUUAAGAUAACUAGCGAGGAGAUAAUUCUUUGGCUUAGUGAGUUUAUGGGCACUUGUCAGAAGAAAGUUAUUAUUGUUGAUGAAUUUCUGUAUUUUCUUGCAAAGAAUUAUUCGGUCAAGGGACCAGAAAUGCUGGGCGUGCGUAUUCAAAGCUUGGGGACACAUAUUUCUUUUAUUCGAGAAGCCAAAGCAUCUGAAAAUUCAACACAAAGGAAAUGCCGAGAGAUAUUAGCAAGGAAUGGAACAUUAAAGAAAUGCCAAGACGCAAGAUCAAGUGGACCUCGAGUCCGACCUCGGAGGUAUGAAGGGCGUUUUUCUUCAGAGAAGGAGCAACUGGAAGAACGUUUUUCUGCUGUACGCGAGCGUAUUAAAUCAUUUUCCCAGGAAAACAAUGGUUUCUGUGGCAAACACAUCAGAUUUGUUUCAUCAAGCUCUGAAGAUGAAAAAAGUGAUGAUGGAACGUAUGACAAUGAAACAACCAGUAAUAACGUAGGCAGCCACUCAAAGUAUUCAGCACAGGCAAUAAGCAGUUCUGAUCGGGUGAGUAGAUGUCCUUACCCUUCUGCAAUUGAAGAGAUGUCACGCCUUGGGUUGAAAGGUGAAAUGGGUGUCCAAUUUUCCCCUGAUGGUGGCAGCUCAAGGCCCAAAGAGAGUAACAGGUCAUUUUUGAAGAAAAGAAAACUUGAAGAUGUAAGUUCUGUGCCUUCAAAAUUGCUCAGAAGCAGUAAGAAACACGUUCAUCCAAUUGAUAAUUGUGACAAGACUGAAAUGUUUGGUACCCCAAGUGAAGAUGAUAUUUCACUAUCUAGCAACUCCCUGAGGGCCUUUAUCACCACCUGGAAGGAGGCGUGUAAGGAUUACACUGUGGCAGAGGAAAAUUCUGGAAUCAAUAAAGUACGAGUUCUUUGCUUGAAGAAGCAGGGAGGGAACAUUGUUUUUUCUUCUGCUGUGGUAGACUUUGAUCUUUAUCGACCCUUGGUCACAUCUAUCAAGUGUGGAAUGUGGGAUAGCAUUUAUGAUACUUUCCAAGUCAUAAGUCAACCUGAGUCAGCUAACACCCCAUCUGGCAACUGUUCUGAAUACGAAUGCAUUGAUGUUGAACCAAGUGAAAAGCAGGCACCAGUGGUCUGUGUCCCAGUUGAAGAAAUAAUUGAGAAAAUUACUACGUAUUACGAGCUUCAUUGUGAGUAUCAGAGCAAUGGUAAAACAAUUCUGGAAAACAAAUUCAUCUCCAUGGGGAAGCUGUCCAGUUGUGAGCUGUGGCUAGUAGACCAAUUUGGUGUUAAGGAAUUUAAGUCCCUUGGUCAUGGGGAAUUUUUUGUUUUCCUGGAGAAACAUGCCUCUCUAUUGCCUGCUAAAUUACAGAAUCUCUUGUCUGGUGAUGGAUAUGAAAAGUCUCCUUUGGAGGUCUCGAUGCUCCAGCAUCAGUUGAUGGUGUUAGUGUCUCAAGCUUCAUAUAGUUUGUGGGAGAAUCAAACUAUUACCAAACAGAUGAUUGCGGCACUGCUUACAAGACAAUUUCCACUGCUUAGUUUUAAAAUUAUGGAAAAUGGUUCUAUUGAAGAUUUUCAACAAAUUGUGGGAAAAUAUAAGAAUAAUGUAAUUUCAAAAUGUGUCCUGUUUUCUGCUACAUUGUCAGGAAUGCAUCGUAGUGGAGACUCGUUGCCUCUCACGGAAGACAAGUUAGAAACGAAUGAAACGAGAAACAAGGGUGAUGACUUGAUGGUUGCAUUUAGUUCUAUUACAUCUAAAGAUGCAAUUGAAGUUUUGCUUAGAGCACCAAUGCUGUCUGAUUUAAACUCGUGGUCGCAUUGGGACCUUAAAUUUGCUCCCUCCCUCGGCCCUCUUGUAGGAUGGUUGUUGAGUGAGGUCAAUGCUAAAGAAUUGAUGUGUUUGGUUACAAACGAUGGCAAGGUGAUAAGAAUUGAUCAAUCUGCUACUGCAGAUUCAUUCUUGGAAGCUGCACUUCAGAGAUCAUCUUUUCAAACGGCAGUGAAACUUUUAUCCUUCCAUGCCUUUGAAGUCAUUUUGAAGAAUCAUUCUGAAAAUAUGGAAGUAGAGGACGACAAGAACUGUUUUUUGCAUGGAAAAGCAGUUGGAGUCGCUUCUAAUAAUUUGAGUGUUGAAUUGCAAAAAAAUUCUUUUAAAAUCAACCAGGCAAUGCAUUUUGCUUCAAGGUUUGUCCUUGAUUGUCUUGGUUUUAUGCCUGCAGAAUUUCAUGGUUUUGCAGCUGAUGUGUUACUCUCAGGGAUGCAAUCUGUAAUAAAAGAAGCCUCUUCACUGAUUUUGUACAAAUGCAACCAAAAAGAACGCCUGAUGCUUCAUGAAAUAGGAUUAUCUAUCGGGGUAGUAGAUUGGGUUGAUGAUUACCUUGCAUUUUGUUCUGAUGGUACCACUGACUUGUCCGUAUCUUCUGGCUCAUCAUGCUUGGAAACUGUGAGGUCUGAGAUAAGCACAGAAAAUGUGACUCGGAGAGAAGAUGUGAAUUCUGAAACUUAUACUCAAGUUAGAUGCACAAUUGAUGGUGCUGUAGUUUCCAGUGAUGAAAUUGGCAGUGGUUGCAUGGAACAAUCAUCUGACCUUGACAAACAUAAGGAUGCAGCCAUGGUAAUUGAAUCAAUCAGGAAAGAAGAAUUUGGUCUGGAUGCAAAUCUUUCAAAUACAGAGAGCAGCAUGUUGAAGAAGCAGCAUGCACGCCUAGGGAGAGCUCUUCAUUGUUUGUCCCAGGAACUAUAUUCACAGGAUUCACAUUUUCUUCUUGAGCUUGUUCAAAAUGCAGAUGAUAAUAUCUAUCCCAAAAACAUGGAACCUACUCUGACAUUCAUCCUUCAAGAAUCAGGUAUUAUUGUUCUGAAUAAUGAGCAAGGCUUUUCUGCUCAAAAUAUCAGAGCUCUUUGUGAUGUUGGAAAUUCAACCAAGAAAGGAUCUGGUGGUGGAUACAUAGGGCAGAAAGGAAUUGGCUUCAAAUCAGUAUUUCGGAUCACGGAUGCUCCGGAGAUUCAUUCCAAUGGAUUUCAUAUCAAGUUUGACAUAGGUGAGGGUCAGAUUGGUUUUGUUUUGCCAACAGUUGUGCCUCCUUGCGAUAUCAACUUUUUCAGUCAUCUGGCGGCUAUACACCCUGAUCAAAUGACUAGUAACAGUUGGAAUACUUGUAUUGUGCUUCCUUUCCGGUCAAAAUCAGAAGAAACUGCAAUGAAAAUGUUUUCAGAUCUUCAUCCUUCUCUGCUUCUUUUCCUUCAGCGCCUCCAAUGUAUCAUGUUCCGAAACAUGCUCAAUGAUUCACUCAUCAUCAUGCGGAAAGAAAUUUUGGAAGAUGGUAUUGUAAAGGUUUCAUGUGGGAAAGAUAAAAUGUCCUGGCUUGUAGCAUCGCAGAAGUUGGAGGCACAUGCUAGUCGUCCUAAAGUGCAAAGAACUGAAAUUGCCAUAGCAUUUACACUCGAGGAAUCAGAUAAUGGGGAGUAUAAUCCACGUUUGGACCAACAGCCUGUUUUUGCUUUUCUUCCUCUAAGAACUUAUGGUCUGAAAUUUAUUCUUCAAGGUGACUUUAUUCUGCCUUCAUCGAGAGAGGAAGUGGACAAGAAUAAUCCCUGGAAUGAAUGGUUGUUGACAAAGUUUCCUGGUUUGUUUGUUAGUGCAGAGAGAUCUUUUUGUGCUCUCUCUUGUUUUAGGGAGAACCCAGGCAAAGCUGUGGCAGCUUAUAUGAGCUUCGUUCCACUUGUUGGGGAGGUGCACGGUUUCUUUUCUGGCCUUCCUAAAGCAAUUGCUUUAGAAUUACGAAGAACAAGCUGCCUGCUUCUUGAAGGAGACAGGAGUAAAAUGGUUCCUCCUUGCAGUGUUCUGAGAGGUUGGGAUGAGCAGGCUCGGAAUCUUCUACCUGAUAGCUUGCUUCAAGAGUACCUGGGCCUUGGAUUCUUGGACAAGAAUAUAGUUUUGUCUGAUUCACUUGCAAGGGCACUGGGUAUCAUGGAGUAUGGGCCUGAAACUUUAAUUAAAUUUAUGUCCCAUUUAUGUCGCACAGAGAAUGGAUUGAAGUUGAUGGGCUUGGGUUGGUUAUCGUCAUGGCUAAACACCCUCUAUGCAAUUUUAUCUCGAUUUUCUGGGCAAACUGAUCUCAUAGAUGACCUUCGACAUAUUCCAUUUAUUCCCCUUUCAGAUGGAACGUACAGCUCAGUGGAUGUUGGUACAAUUUGGUUACACUCUGAUACCUUAACCACUGGGUUUGAUCGUGUGCAUAGACUUGAGGCUUUUCCGAAAUUGAAUGCCAAACUUCAGAUUGUAAACCCAGCCCUUCUUUCUGCAUCAGCUGUAGAUGGGACUUUAGUUGACAAUGUUGCUAGGAUGCUUCAUAGAAUUGGUGUGCAAGAACUGUCUGCACAUGAAAUUAUUAAGGUUCAUAUUUUGCAAGCUAUCUCUGAUGACAGAAUCACAGACAGGGACAAGGAUUUAAUGAUAGAUUAUCUGUGCUUUAUAAUGAUCCACCUACAAUCUGGCUGCUCUAAUUGUUGUGAUGAAAGGAAGCACCUUAUCUAUGAGUUGCAAAAUAAAGCUUAUAUAUUGACAAAUCAUGGAUAUAGAAGGCCUGUUGAGACGUCAAUUCAUUUCAGUAGAGAAUUUGGGAAUCCUAUUGAUAUGAAUAAGUUAAUUAAUAUGGUGGAUAUGAGAUGGCAUGAGGUGGAUAUUAGCUAUCUGAAGCAUCCAGCAAAUAAAUCCCUCUCAAAUGGAUUGAUGAAGUGGAGGGAAUUUUUGCAGGAAAUUGGCGUUACAGACUUUGUGCGAGUUAUUCAGAUUGAAAAGAGUGUUGCUGAUUUAUGUCAUUCUGUUCCAAAUAAUAUGGCAUGGGAUACAGAACUGUUUCCCCCUGGAUUAACAGCAAAAGAUUGGGAAUCUAGUGAGUUGGUGCAUUUAUUGUCUAUUUUGUCCACAAGUGGUGAUGGAGAACGCUGUAAAUAUCUCUUGGAGGUUCUUGACAUGCUAUGGGAUGAUAACUUUAGUCACAAAGCUACCAGUUACUAUGAUUUAAAGUCCAGCAAUAAUAGGAGAGCCUUCAAGUCUUCCUUUAUAAGCAAAAUCUGUGAUUUUCAGUGGGUAGUUUCCAGCAUGGACAAUGAACUUCACUACCCUAAAGAUUUAUUUUAUGAUUGUGAUGCAGUACGCUCUAUCCUGGGUGCUGCUGCUCCAUAUGCUCUUCCAAAGGUGAGCAGCAGAAAGUUAUCGAGUGAGCUUGGCUUGAAGACUGAAGUCACUAUUGAUGAUGCUCUGGAAAUUGUAGGAGUGUGGAGGAAAUCUGAGACCUCUUUCAAAGCCAGCAUAGCACAAAUGUCAAAAUUAUACACAUUUAUCUGGGAUGAAAUAUCUUCUUCAAGGAACAAAGUUUCAGAAGCAUUCCGUUCGGGACCAUUUAUUUUUGUUCCAUGUAAAUCUGGUUCUAGGCAUGAGGAUUUGGUACCUGGUGUAUUUUUGUCUGCUGAAGAUGUAUAUUGGCAUGAUCCAACUGGCUCUAUGGACAGGAUGAAGGAGAUCCAUCCUCAGGGUGGGUCAACAAGUGUUACACAGUGCCCGUUGAGCAAGACAUUGUGCAAUGUUUAUCCAGGCCUUCGUGACUUUUUUGUUAAUGAGUGUGGAGUAUCUGAAAUCCCUACUUACCUUAGCUAUCUUGAUAUUUUGCUGCAGUUAUCAAUUGCUGUUUUGCCUUCACAAGCUGCUAGUACAGUUUUCAAAGUCUUGUUGAUGUGGGCUGAGGGACUGAAAUCUGGAUCUUUAAAUUCAGAAGAUGUUAUUCACUUGAAAGAAUGUCUGACAAAAUUGGACUAUACUGUACUUCCUACAGCACAAGAUAAAUGGGUUUCUUUGGACCCUUCUUUUGGUCUGGUAUGCUGGUCCGAUGAUAAGAACUUACAGAAGAUAUUUAAGAAUUUUGAUAAUAUAGAUUUCUUGUACUUUGGCAGUCUGAGUGGCAGUGAGCGAGAGAUGCUUAAAACUCAAGUCUCUCUCCUCCUGCAAAACUUGGGUAUACCAGCUCUCUCAGAGGUUGUAACUCGUAAGGCAAUAUACGAUGGUCCAGCAGACUCUAGCUUCAAAGCUUCAUUGAUUAACUGGGCUCUUCCUUAUGCUCAGCGAUACAUCUAUAGCACACACCCCAAUAAAUAUUCUCAACUCAAGCAGUCUGGAUUCAAUAAUCUAAAGCAACUGCAGGUUAUAGCUGUUGAAAAGUUAUCCUACCACUAUGCCAUAAAAAAAUGUCACAUUGUUUCUAUGAGGAAAGAACAAUGUAGCUGUCUUCUGGAGGGUAAUACUUUGUACACAAGGUUGGAAUCUGAUUCACAUGCUUUGUUUUUGGAGCUUUCUCGUUUAUUCUUUGACGGAACUCCAGAAUUACACUUGGCAAAUUUCCUUCAUAUGAUCACAACCAUGGCUGAAUCUGGUUCCACAGAGGAGCAAACAGAAUUCUUCAUUCUGAACAGCCAGAAAGUGGCAAAGCUUCCUGAUGACGAAUCUGUUUGGUUACUUUCCUCGCCUCAGUCUUUGACGAAGAAUGAUGAAUCACUUCAAAUAGAUGUUUCUCCAAGAGCAAUAAAUGAACAGAAACCCUCAAAAUUCAAGUUGAAAGCCAGUGUUGGUUCAUAUUGGCCACCUGCAGACUGGAAAACUGCACCGGAUUUUCAUAACAGCCGACAUAGCAUAAAUGACGAGCAGAUUGUCAUAGAAACAGUUAACGUGGUUCCAGUUAAGAACGAUGUGGAUUUCACCAUUGAAAACAAUGCAGAUGAGUUGCCAGAGUCUGAUAAUGUGGACACCCAGACUCCCAAGUUCAAUGGCCCUGAAUUGGGUCCCUCCAAAAUUUUCAGGACAGGUCAGCUUCGUCCUGGGACAGCUGAUGCAAUACAAGCAAUGCUUACUGGGAAAGACGGGGAGCAAGUUGCUUUCAACUAUUUGACAGGAAAAUUUGGUGGAGUCGUGAAGUGGGUUAAUCAAGAUCAUGAGACGGGGUUACCCUAUGACAUGGUUAUAGAAGUGGGAAGUAGUACAGAGUACGUUGAAGUCAAAGCAACAAGAUCUGGUGUGAAGAACUGGUUCGAAAUAUCAUUUAGAGAGUGGAAAUUCGCAGUUGAAAAGGGUGAAUCUUUUAGCAUUCUUCAUGUACUUCUAGGUAAUAAUAAAGCAAGGGUCACAACAUUCAGAAAUCCUGUAAGACAAUGCCAAUUAGGGAAGCUCCGAUUAGUUGUUCUGAUGCCCUCCGUCUCUGAGACAUGGGAGGAUGUUUCUCUGCUGACUUGA